AUGGCAGCCGGGGCGGUUUUUCUGGCAUUGUCUGCCCAGCUGCUCCAAGCCAGGCUGAUGAAGGAGGUGUCCCCUGUGGUGAGCUGGAGGUUGGAGCCUGAAGAUGGCACAGCUCUGUGAUUCAUCUCCUAUGGUUGUGGCAGCCAUGGUGAUGGAGACAGCAGCUCAACAGGAGCGCCCUGUAAGGAGAAAUAUACCAUCCCCACUGAACAGAUGAGAAAACUGAGGCUCAGAGGUGUCAGGUGACUGCCUGAUGUCACAGGUGGGACUGAGGCUCCUUGGUCUGUCCUCUUUCUACUGGGAAACAAUCUGGUGAAGCCACAGAAGGACCCAUUCCUGCUAA